GGGGUUUGAAGCGGAGAAUAACCGAAAGUUGGAAGGCUUCUCAAGUAGAAUAGAAAUAACAUGAAGAAUUACCCAAUUCAUCGUACUACUGAUUGCUAUUCACGACCAAGAAAACGAGAGUACUUGAUAAACAUAAACUACAGUUGUUGUGUGCUUACUUACUAAAAAUUCUGAAAAGUUAAAGAAAAUGCUGGCUCGAAGCGGCGCUCGUGUGUCGCGAAGUGCACUAGCGAGAACGGCACUACCAGCUGCGACACCAACUUUGAGUAGGCCACUCUCACCAGAUGCAGCAGCCUCAAGCUCAGGAUCGUCCGCCGGUGUUGCUCUUGCAGGUGAGAGGAGUUUUAAAUAGAAGUGAUAAUUGGGAGGUGCAUCUGCAUGUUAUCUGCGCUAUAAAAAUGGUGUACCUUUUGUUGAAUUUUCUAUUGUUCGCAUGGUCAUCUGUCAUCUAAUAUGUUCACCAAUUAUAUUCCACAGGUUCACCGAUCUUCUUUACGGAGCUGGAUAAGCCAUUUUAUCCAGCUGAACUUCCAUUCGCGAUAGCUGGUACUGAUGAUGUUUAUCCGAUGCAGUUGAGCACCACUAGGGGUUGAGCGACCUUCAGUAUGCCUACAAGAACCAUUUUCAAUUUUUCGUAUGCAUGGAUACAAGUGAGUUGUGCAUUUAAUAUCAGUUCAUCCAAGUAGAGUCAGUGUGGGUGAUCAUGAAAGAUCCUAACCAACGCCGCAAUCCAUCCAUUUAGGUAAGAUCGACGGCCUAGUGCAGUCAAUGGGCGAGUCAGAGCACGGACCGCUAUUGCUUGCUGGUCUUGUCGGAGUUACUGCGCUGAGGAUGGGCAUCUACUACGGCUUUUUUCAGCCGUCAUAUCUCUGGCACUUUCAGGAGACCUACGGCCAAACUUGGAAAGUGGGACAUCACCUGUACGGACACUCCUUGCCAAAUCCUUUGAAGAAAUAAGGGGUGUGCAGCGGAGAAAAAGAGGAAUUACAGUGACAAGUGAAAGUUACCUAAACACAUAGAUAUGGCAACGGAACAUGAACAUCUUUUUUGAUUCACCAAACGAUCUUGUGAUAAACUCCGUAGCCCACUACAUGAGAA